AUGGAUGAAAAUGAAAUACCACAUUUUGUUGGUCCAUUUCCCAUUUCAGAGGAAAACCAGGAGAAACAGUUCACCACGUGUGACCCAAAGGGCAUCACGAAUCUAUCCAACUUUGUCGAGUUCAUUUCUGAAACGUCUGAGAUACGAACUAGUGGUAGGUACACCGAGUCUGAAGUGAAAGAACAUACUCAAUAUGUGGAAGAUUUUGUUCGCGACAUUUCGAUUAAUGUCGGAAAAGUCAAGUCGAUAUUUAAAACAAAAAUGCACAUCAGACGGGGCAGUCACUAUGAGAAAACAAAGGUGGCAAGAAUGGACGAAAUGGACUUCUUGUCCGUCCUUAAACUAUCGGAUGGUGAGACAGUAGCAGUGAAGGAUAUUGAUGAUCAAGAGUGUAACUAUCGUGGGUCAGAGUAUGGUUCUAUCGAUCUCGCCCCGAAUGCCUUUCCCGACGAAGAACUUGAAAAGACGGUAAAAGAAAAAAAGCUCUCGGUAAAUAUCAUUCUUGAACUAAAGAAGGCAGUUGAAACCGUGUUAAAGCGUUCGACGCUUUACAAUUACAAAGAAGAGGACAUUGACCCGAAUGAUGAAUUGACUAAGUACCCCGUUGGAAGCUGUAGCAUGAGUAGUGAACUGCAUGGCCCGUGUAUUAUGCUAACAUUGGUAACUCCACACGCUAUAACAGAUAUCGAUAUGUGUUUCUGCGUAGAAAAGAGGAAUUCCAAGUUGGGCCGAUGUGUAAUGAUUCCAAAUAUGAAAGAUUCUUGCGAUUGUUCCCUAAACAAUUGCCAUUGGAUCGAAUCAGUUGUUGACCCGGAAAAUCCCAAUCACAUCCUGAGUCGGAGCCACAAAAUGUUGUAUCUGUGUCUGAAAAGUGUGAUGAUGUUAAUAGAAACGAGUAGGAUUCACCCUCCAUCUAUAACGUCUUACAUUCUGAAAAUGCAUGUUCUACAUCACCAGCAGAAUUGUCAAACCGCCGCAAUCGGAGAAUGCUUCGAAGCAGUUGUGCAUCAGCUGUUGCUUUUGUCAACAAGUCAACAUGGAACUGCUAAAAGAAGGAAUCUGUUUCAAAGCAAUUCAACAGAAGGAUCACCGUUCAUUACUUCUAAGGAAUGGCGCUGUCAUGAUUCGCCUAAACACGACGGACAUGAAGAAGAUGAUCAUACCCAUCCUAUUGGGGAUGACCAAAACACAAUUUACGCUAGAAUAUUCAAAGAUCGUGUCCUUGUCAGAAUGACUGAUCUCCUUGUCCCGGCAAAGAAACUAAGGGAGGUUUACAUUAUGCUACCAACGUUGAGCAAAGAUGAAAAAUUAGAGCAGAGAGCAGUCAUAAAAUUCCUUCAGAAGACAGGGGGUAAACCCAGUGACACUAUAAAGGAGUUUAAACAAGCAUAUGGUGAGAGAAGACUGUCCAACCCCACUGUGUAUAGGUGGCAUAAACACGAGAGCGAGGCACAAUUGCGCCACUCGGUUCAGUAG